AUGUCUCUUCCAAAAACGCCCUCCACAUUGCUAACCUCCGUGUCAACGGCAGAGGGCAAAAAAUUAAAAGUCUCUGCAUCCAAGGAAGAGACAGGACUGCCUGAACUAAAGGAGAAAAAAACUAUGGUGGAUCGUUCAAAACCCCUUCCUUCAUCCCUUCAGAAUGAGUUCAUCCCUGAAGAAGUUCUUCUUUCUCUGGCCUCCGCAGCCAAUGCUGGUCCUUGUCCUGAAAACUUACUGCCUCCUAAGAAGACUAAAACCCCAAAGGGCACUCUUCCGCGUCCGAUUGACCAAGUCUGGCAUCACCCUGUUCGAAGAACUAAGUUCAAGUACCUGAUUGACCAUCCUGUUUCCCUAACGGGUGCUGGAAGGGAUAUUUCUUUUCUGUAUGAUGUUAAAUAUGUUAAAGGAGAGACUAGGGAGAGUUCGCUUUGUCCCCCACGUUUGGACCGUUCAUUACAGUCAAAUGAUGGUGUCAUUGUGCCUCAUAAGCCAAAGAAACUAACAGACACUUUGAUUCCUGAAGAAUUUCAUAUUGUGUCAAAUACAGGAGUUUCAGGUUUGGAGUGUUAUGAUGACAAAUAUACUACUCUCCUCACAGAUAAUGAAAACAGGCUAUUGCUCUUCCCAUCCAUGAAACCUAAUAAAAGAGUAGAAGUGGUCCAACUGAAUGAUGUGAUGGACGCCAUGCUAGAGAGGGCUGGUGUGGAGAAUCAGGAAUAUACAGGGCCAACCAAGAUGCACAAACUACUGCAUAUGCUGAAGAAGGAACAGACUAUUUACAAUACAGUAUUUCAUGAACUUAUUCGACAAGUCAGUGUGGACUGUGCAGAUAGAGGAGAACUACUGUCCAAAAUCAGAACACAGAAGUUGGUUUUUGACAACAGUACUGGCUGGAAUGUGGAGAAAGGCCCACAGUGGUGGGCUUACCACAGCAGAUGUAAAAAGGAGAUUCAGAGGUCCCCGCAACACCCCAGGCAAGGCAUGCAGACGGCACAAAUGAAAGAGGACAUUUCAUCUCCUGAUAAAGAAAAUAUAUUUGAAUCAGUUAUUCCAGAUUUCAAGCGGUGGCAAAAGAUGCUGAAUGAAGAUAAAGAAAAGUUUACUGGAGAUUGUCUGGUGUCAAAAUAUGAUUCUCUCAAGAUUAUUAAACAUUUACAGGAAAACUGGACAGAUAUUGGGUUUGGGAUAUUUGGUCGCCAUAAAAGUAUGGAGGGGGAGCUGCCACCAGAGCAACAGCACAUGAAGGAAAUUGUGAAAACCAUUGGAAGACUCUACAAAGAAUUUGAAAUAAGAAUAAAUGGGGAUAAUGGUAUCUCUAAAAUUCUUUCAAGUUUGAUUAGUUCUCUUGAAUUCUGUUCUUUCAAGAUGGAAAGUGUCCUGGAGUUUCCUGAAAUGCAUCUUAAAGAAUACGAGGAACUUAAUGAAAAAAUUAAUGAAAUAAUAUCUCAGUUGGAUGCCUCAUUAAACAUUGUUGGUACCAUCCCUCCGUAUAUAGACACGGAUUCUGGCUCGGUGCUUCAAGCACAAAUAUUUAACAGGAUUCAACAAUGGCUUUUGAAGAUAGGCAAUGAGAUUAACAAUGGUAACAUUGAACUUCAGCACCAGAUGGAUGAGUUGCAUAUAUCUAUGAUCCAGUGGAUGGUAAGCUUGCUGAUUUUAAUGGUGCCUGACUUUACUGACCAAGACACUCUCCCAAAGUUGGAAAAGGAAAGUGCUGAGAAACAUGAUGUAAGAGUUGCAAAGUUAGAGCUGGAUGCAAUCGCACUGGCCAGAAAGUUGUCGCAAUACUCCAGCUAUUUGAACAGUUGUUGCAAAGGGAUGGUAACAGCUAUGGCUCUGAAUAAAGCAGGUCACUUAGAAAAAAAUCCUACUAAGGAUCUUCAUGAACUGAAUGAGAUGAAGAGAGAAUGUCAUGAGUGGAUCACCACAUGUUCUCACCUCCUUUCUGGGCUUAAAGGCAGAAUAAUAAAGUUACUGACACCGGAAGAAAAGGAGUACCUGUUUGGAGAAGAGGAUUUUGUAAAAGAAUUAAUUGAGCCUGAAACAGACAGGCUUUUUAGAGAAGAUGGAGGAGAAAGUAUGGAGGAUAAGAAACUUGAGAAGGAAAAGGAAGAAGAGAAAGAAGAGAAGCCUUCAACAUCCAGAGAAGAGGAAAGACUCAUUCGAAUAAUUGAAAAAGAUGAAAACGUUCAUACCAAACCUCUAUUUGAAACAGAUGUAUUCUUUUCCUGGAGAGAAUCAGCUAGUCAAGGUACACUGGCCCCAAAGUAUCUUGAAGCAAUGGCUAUAAUUGAACGCACACAGGAGAAGCUGAUAGAGUUUGAAAGCAGAGCCAGACAAGCAGAGGAGAAGUUUGAGGAGGUAAAUGAGAAACUUCAUCAUACCCUCAUAAGAAAUAAAGAACUAGAGAGGGAAGUAGAGGAUAUUUUGAUAAGGUCUCAAGAGAGGGAGGCUGAAAGACGAAGAGAAGAAGAAAAUGAAAGAGGAGGAGGAGAAGAAGAAAAAGAAGAAGAGGAAGAAGAAGAAGGAAACAAGGCAGUAGAAAGUUCCUCAAAGUCUCUAAAGAAAGAAGCGCAGCGCAAGGAGGGUCUUCUCAACCCUAAGUCCAGGACCCGGACUAAACCCACCUAUAAGACCAAGCCCAAAAACCCCGUGACCCAGAGUCCCCAGCCUUUGUCAGCCCAGUCGCUGGCCAGGCCUACGUCUGGCCACCAUCAAAGUGCGGCAAUGAGUGGUCGUUUCCGUACAAAUCAGCAGCCCCCAUCCCUGAACACGAGAGCCUUGCUCCUCAGAACACGGCAGCUCUAUCGGGUGCAAGGCUCCAUCUCUAAAGGCCAGAGUUACGGCUGCUGCCACAAUUAG